GGCUGGAGAAGUCGAGCGAUUUUCGUUGCAUUGCAAUAAUUGACAAUCCACACGAUCAGUCGUGGAAAACUUGUAAAUUGUUUUAUACUACGUUGUCUGAGAUAGUUUUAUGAAUUGACAAGACAAUCUGAUAGGACUCAUCUUCUUUUCCAGUCAUCCUCUCGGCCAUCAACAAAGCGACGGCAUUCAUACAGUGUGGCGCAUUGCGCAUAUAUUGAAGAUAUUCAUUUGCGCCACGUUUGGAUUGAUCCAUCACCACGAUGGACGCCGUGCUUCAGCCUGGGACAUCGGCGAACAAGAAUCUGGAGACUGAUGGGCGAAGUAGAUUAAAAGUAGGGGAUGAAGUUUGUCGUUUAGUUGAAGACGAACUAGUAUUCGGUACUAUUCAAUAUAAAAAGGACAAACAAUCUGCUUCCGAGGAUAAGUCCUCAAACAAGGAUGAUGAAACGUGGGUAGUUAAAUGGAUUCAUGAUCCAAGCAUGUCUGUCGAUGCAGAGGCGAGUGGCAGGGACUUGAUUCCAACUGACCGUGCAAUUUACAAAGGGUCUCGAGUACGAAUGGGGGAAAAGCGUGGAAUGUGUCGCGCUGUCUUGCAUAAGGCAGAUGUGCGCAUUCUUGGAACAAAUUCGGUCCUACAGGCUGUAAAUAUUGAAGAAUUUUCACACUUGAAAGAGUUUACACAAAAGUCUGUGGUCCACUAUAAUGGAUGGCUUGGAAUCGUCCAAUUAUGCGAGAGGAAAGUUUCUAUUCGUCUUAGUGAUGGCUCUCUUUCAUUGUAUGAUCUCAACACUGUCCUUCCAACUGGUCAGUUCCGUCUCGAGACACACUGGAUAAAUGAAACAGUAGCCAACUUUUGUUUGAAUGGAGGAAUACUUAUUAAACGUAAACCACAAGAAGCUUCAGACUCGCUUUCAGUGAUCUCCCCCCCACAAGAAACAGACACCGAGGGAGAACCAUUUGCCAAGAAGGCAAAAGGAAUAGGGUUUAUCCGAGAUCUUCAAGUGGAAAGCGUCAAAGUUCAAUGGCUUCAUCAAAUCGAUCCAAGUUUUCCCGAUAAGCCAAGACAAGAAUUCAAAGAAGGGCGUCAGUUACAACUUGUUAAAGAAAAUGUUUCAGUUGAUGAUGCAUCCUUUUCAUUUGAAGUUGGAAACUUGGGUCGGAUUCGAGCAAGAAAGUUUUCAGACGAAUAUCUCCGAUGGGACGCUUGGCAGAAGAAGUUUGCAGCACAGAACAUUUCUACCAAGAUGGCGACGCAGCUAAGGUCUGGAUUGGAGUAUGAGAAAUCUGUGCGUAGCAAAUAUUGGAGAGCAUAUAAUAGGAAUGCUGGGGAUGAACUAAUCGGCGUUGGUGCUUCUGGUGGUGGGGACGAUAAUAAAGAGAACGUACAAGGAUGCAUUGACAAUGAAAGAAAAGAGGGAGGCAGUGGUGACGAGGUUGAGCAGUUUGUUUUAGUUGAGAUUGCACAUAUUUCAACAAUUCCAGAUAUUGUGUGGGAGGACAAUACAUCAGAGCUUCCAUCUUCCUCCCUCGAUCUUGAAAUAACUGACGACACAAUAUUCAAUGAUGCCGAGCCAUGUCCUGGCGAUUUUAUAACUUCUCGACACCUACCGUAUCCAGUCGACAAGACUUAUUGCGUGGUCCUCCGCCAAGAAUUUACAAGUACUGGGGUGAAAAGCUUGGUCGUCAGAGUUCUCGAUACUGAGAUUCCAGGAAAAGUUGUAGCGGACCAGGCCUCCAUCGUUGCAGCGGAUCUCCGUCUUUCAGCUUCAGUAAAAUUUGUGGAACGGCACCCUGUUUUUCAGUAUUUCAACGAAAGCAACACUAUUGUUGUCGUAAAUGAGGAAAGCCCUGGUGGUAAUAAGAUACGAAUUGGGAAUGUUAUGAGGACAAACCUCUUGGGUAAAGUUAACGUGAGGUUCUUGGAAGGAGGUUCUAAUUACAAGGAGGAGUGGAUAUGGCCUCAAAUUUGUGCUAUCUACUCGGCAAAAGGAUUUGACCUGGAGUGUGUCAAAAGUCACGUGGUGGACAGUGAUUCAAGUAUCGAGUUUGAAAUGAAGGUUCGUAGCGUGUUGGAAAUGCUGGAUAACAAAGUGGAUCUAGUCUGGAAAAAUGCGUCAAAGUCAGAAAAAGAUUUUGCAGUUUCGUUGAAAGAAUUCGAUUUUAUUUUCAACCAAUACAAGGCUAUCUGCGUCCGCGCAUCUCAACCCUUCACUCACACUGCUUAUAACGCGCUCACUGCGCACCUUUCCCACCCGAUUGGUGUUGAUGGCCGUCUAUCCUAUCUGAAAGGCAACGAUGUUCUAAUUCAGCUUGUCAGUUCUGCCGUCAAAGAAAUCGUUGCAAACGCACAUGCUGUACUCGGAAUUAAUAAUGACGCUCAAUCUUCCGAGGUGGAAAUGAUUGAUUUAACUAAAACUGAGGGUAAUAUUGGUGUCACCGACCCAUUAGAGAAAAUUUUUGCCGAGACCAUUGCCCUCCUCGAACAUCAUCCCGUUUCUCAUCAUUAUUCCCGAUCGACUGAAUUUAAACCGGAUCACGGGGCAAGUUUCAAAAAAUCCGUAGCGGAAGAAUUUGACCGGCUCAAGAGAAUUUGCUCCACUGAGACAAAAGCGGAAAUGGGCAUAUUGUCAAGAUGUUUUGAAGACAGAAUGGACCUACUUUCCUUUGUUAUUCGUGGUCCAGAGGAGACGCCCUAUGAAAAUAGCCUGUAUCUUUUUGACGCUUAUCUGCCGUCCAAUUAUCCAAAUGUUCCGCCAAAGUUUCACUUUCAUGCUUUCAGAGCAGGUAGACUUAAUCCGAACCUUUAUGCCGAAGGAAAGGUUUGUGUAUCUUUACUUGGGACAUGGGAAGGAAGAGAUGAGCGUGAAAAGUGGACAAAGGAUUCUAACAUUGUUCAAAUCUUGAUAUCAAUUCAGGGACUUAUACUGGUUAAGGAACCUUUCCAUAAUGAACCAGGAUAUGAGGUCAACCAGUUCAAUGCCGACAGCUCAAACGUACAACGUCGGAACUAUAACACUGUGCUGAUGCCACUGAUCGUUAAAAUGAUGAUAAAUCAGAUUACCUUCGGAAUGGAGCCAUUUACUGAACAGAUCAAUGAUUUCUAUCGUCUGCAAGUGCCCAUUUUCCUUGCUCGCUGGCGCAGAUGGUUAAAAGUUACUAAGAAAUCUGAGUUGGAGAAUGGGAGUAAACCACCUGCUUUUGAAUUGUAUCCUAUCGAUUCCAACUUCAAACGUGUUAUGACAGAAGAGCUGGAUAGUUUGGAGAAACUAUGGAAAGACAAAUUGUCCAAGUCAAGCACGUGAAGAUAAUCAAUCAGUCUAAUUCUAUUCCAUUGAUUGGACGCUCAAAUUCUUAUAUUUUGUAAUAUUUGAAGUAGGAAAGUUUAGCCUGAAUCUGAAAUAUUUUUUUCAUAUUCAUAUUUAAAUUCACAGUGACCAAUGAAAUUGUAUGCAUUCAAGUUUUGUACCUUAAAGUAUAAUCAUAAAAACUGAAAAAUGAGACUUUAGUACAUAUGCAAUUAGACAAUAUAUAUACUUAGAAUAAAUAGCUUUGCAACAAAUUUGAUAGAAGAAAGCUGUGUUAUGUAUGUACCCUUGAUUAUGAAAAGCGCCAGUAAAUUUUAUGAGGCCUUUAUUCAUAUUGCAAGAUUGAAUUAUCACUUUGCAGGUUUCAAAGUCCUGUACAUAAUUAAUUUAUAGUAACAAAAUAUAUGAACCAGAUAAAUCUAAGCUCAUUCGUUAGAUUUGAUACAUUUUAGCACCGACUACUGUGAUAGCUUUGGAAUUAAACUCAUCGUUAGUACAAAAUUUGUGAAAAAUACUUUUUACAUAAAUUAGUUUUAACGAUUUCAUGAAAAACUAGUUGUCUUAUUUAAAUAAUUUACGUCUUAGGCAAUCUUGUUGCAUACAGUAUUUCAGACUUUUAGUUACUACUAAUGAUAAUCAGUCUUAAUUGACCAUGAAUUAAUUGGAUGUAAUAAUACAAAAA